GUGACGGCAUAUGUGGUGGAGCGCAACGGGUGUUUCGACGUGCUGCUGGACGUGGCUGCAGCCCACAUGCAGUGCCGCCACGAUCUGCCGCUCUGCAUCCACUGGGGCAUAUUCCGCUCAGAUCGCUCCACGUGGUUCCUCCUCAAUGAUUCCCAGACACCGCCAGGGACCGUCUUCCUGAGAGGAAAGACUGAUGCCAUGCGCACGGUACUGCAGGAGGACUCUACGCCCGGCCACCGCUCCCUGGUGCUCUCCUUUGAUGCGGAGCUCGCCCCCUUCUCCCUCAACCUCGUGCUCUUCCAGCCGCUCGCUGGCGUCACUGGCAGCGGCAUCGGAGACAAGUCCCUCGAAGGGCUCUGGCUCAGGAACUCGCGGCAGAUGGAUCUGUGUGUGCCCAUCGGCAUGGGGCGUGGCAGCGCCAGCCCGCUGGGAGCCACGCCCAACGCGGACGGGUCGGUGAACUUCGCUCUAUACUCGCGCUACGCCGAGGGUGUCGUGCUCUGCCUCUACCUGCCUGACGACGCCGAACCCACGCUGGAGAUCGAUCUCGAGCCGUCCAUCCAUCGCACGGGGGAUGUGUGGCACGUCAGCAUUGACGCUGCUGACGUCAGCAGCUUCACUCGCUACGGGUACCGGGUGCAGGGCGACCCUGACUGGGAGGGAGGCAACCGCUUCCAUUCCCGCCUCGUGCUCAUGGACCCCUACGCCAAGGAGAUGGCUGCUCACGUGCCCGGCCAAGAGGACCUACCAUCGCCAGCAGCGGCGUUGGCUGUCAUCCCCACCAUGCAAGAGCCGCCCUUCGACUGGCAGGACGACUUCCCCCCCAACAUCCCAUCGGAGCAGCUGGUGGUGUACCGCCUCAACGUGGCGGCCUUCACGGCGGACGACAGCAGCGGGGUGAGCGAGGCGGGGCGGGGCACGUUCCAGGGCGUGCUGGAGAAGGUGGAGCACCUGCUGGCGCUGGGAGUGAAUGCGGUGCUGCUUCAACCAAUCGCAGCGUUUGACGAGACUCAAGGACCCUACUUCCCUAUCAAUUUCUUCUCCCCCAUGCCAUCCUAUGGACCGAACGAGUCCCUCAAGCUGCUAGUGAGGGAGCUCCAUGCGCGGGGCAUCGAGGUGCACGUGGAGGUGGUGGUCAGCCACACGGCGGAGGGCAGCGAUGAGGACCCCAAACCCAUCUCCUUCCGCGGCAUUGAUAAUCGCGCCUACUACAUCAAUGAUCCCUAUGGCAAGCAGGUGGUGCCCGAAUAUGGAUCUCCCAACGCCUUCAACUGCAACAGCCCUGUGGCGCUCAACCUCAUCACGGACGCACUGCACCACUGGGUGGAGGAGUACCACGUGGACGGCUUCUCCUUCAUCAACGCAUCAGCCCUCACCACGGGCCCACACGCGCAGCCACUCUCCCGCCCGCCCCUCGUGGAGGCCCUGGCCUUCGACCCGCUGCUGGCUGCAGUGAAGCUUGUUGCUGAUGCUGCCAUGCCGCUUCUGUCCGCUCAAAAGGCCUUUGCAUUCCCGCACUGGAAGCGGUGGCAGGAAAUGAACAGUGCUUUCUGCUUCGACAUCCGCAGAUUCGUUUCCGGGCAGCCUGGGCAGAUCAGCGGGCUGGCAACACGGCUGUGCGGCAGUGGCGACCUGUUCUCCUCAGGCCGAGGCCCAGCCUACGCCUUCAACUACAUCACUGCAUUCCAAGGGCUCACCCUGGCGGACCUUGUCAGCUACAGCAUGGACUCAGAGGCCAGCUGGAAUUGCGGUGUGGAGGGAGUGAGUGCGGAUGAGGGAGUGAUGAGGACACGGCUGAAACAGGUGCGCAACCACCUGGCGGUGCUCUUCCUCUCGCUGGGAGUUCCCGUGCUGACAGCUGGAGACGAGUACGGCCACUUCAAGGACGCACAGCUGGCAGCAGAUUACUCCGAGUCCCCCUUCCUCUGGAGCUCCCUGGGCUCUGAUCUGGGAGUGCAGCUCACUCACUUCAUCGCCUCACUUGCCAACUUCCGCCGCCGCCGCACACUGCUGCUGCAGCGCAAGGACUUCUAUUUCGGGGAGGACAUCGUGUGGCACGGCGCGUUUCCCAACCAGCCCGAAUGGGACAACCCCAACUGCUGCUUCUUAGCAUGCACCGUUCACAGUGCCGGCAUCGAGUCGUCAGCUAAGGAGGCAGCAGAGGAGGCAGGAGUGCCGAUUGCCACUGCCGCCCCAGCUGUGACACCCAGCAUGCCGGUUGGCGAUCUCUACUUCGCCUUCAAUGCACAUGCGAAUGAGAUGAUUGUGGAGCUCCCCGCGCCACCUGUUGGCAUGAUGUGGCACCUUGUGCUAGACACGGCUAAGGACUAUCCGGCUGACACCACAGAGCUACCAGCCCAAGGCAUGCCUCCAUCCAUCACUGGAAAUCCGUCCAUGGGCCAGCGCAUCGCCAACGGACUCACGCUACUCGACUGCGCUAAGAGCGGCGUUGAACACUUUCACAAGGUUCGGCAGCGAGACAUCUCUGCCAGGGCGGAUAGGUACAUACUGGUGACAUGCGAUGAAGGAGCAUCGGCAAUCAAGGUGGUCGACCGCUUCCCCUUCACCAAUUUCUUGCGGGUUCUCAAGGCUGUCAAGGUGGGAGGUCUCUCGUCUGUCGGCCAAUCACUGCGCGCCACGUUUGAUCUGCUGCACACUCAGCGCCUCGCAGCAGACGUUGACCGAUGGGGCAUGGGUCAUAAUCUCGCCGCCGUGGAUCCAACGGUUGUCAUGCUUCUCACUGAUGGCACUCACUUCACAUCGCGGUUUGGAGUGUCAACGAGCCUGGGCCUGCUACCAGCAACCAACUCCCUUCCACCAGGCGGCGAGCUGGCAUCACAGCCGUUCCGGUGGGAGCAGCGUGUGCUCGCCACCAUCCUGCGCAUCCCCAGCACCAAGCCCGAGCACCUGGAGAGGAUCGGCCCUCUGCCUGCUGCUGGCCCCAUCUCAGAGUCGCCAGCUGCUGUGGCUGUGGACACGAGUGUGUCAGCCCUGUGUGAAGCCACUGGUGGCAAGUGCAGUGUGGUAACCAGCUGGAAGAUGCUCUUUCAGCACCUAGAUAUUGUCGCCUCGCGCCUCUCGCCAGCUGUCAUCGUCUCAUUUGACCAUGUGCCACUACCGGGCGGCGUACCCAUGCCGCCCCAAGUACACGCUGCAUGCCAACGAAAGCUAUUAUUCGUUCGCAACCUGCCCACCGCCGGACCUGCAGGCUCGGCAGCUGGGUUGGGCGCUCCAGGCGCAGCAGGCUUGGCAGGACAGCUAGGCUUGGCACCGCCGCAGCCGGGCGCCGGGCCUCCUCCAGUAGUUUGGCCCAUACCUGAAGCAUUCUGGCCGGAUUUUACCACUCCCAGUCCUGCUACUGCUGCUGCUGCUGCUCCAUUUGUCUCCUCCAGCCCUCCUACCCUUCCUCCCCUCUUUCCUCCUCGCGACCCCCACCCGGUGAUAACCUAUCGGGCGGUGGAUACAGACGCGCGCGUGCCGCCCGGGAUACCAGUAGACAAGUACGAGAUUGAAGGGUGCCCCAUCCUGGGGUUCCUCAGCAAGGCUGGGCCCAACGUGUGCUGGCAGGUGUUCAUGCGAGGGAGCAAGGGCCCGCGGAACGGCCUGGGUGAUCCGUUUGGCUAUCUCAGAGUCAACCGGCCAGGCAGCUCACUCACUCUCCACGUCCUGCCAUACAACUACCCUGUGCUGUUCCCUCUGGUAGAGCAGCUCCAAAGAAUGCCGCCCCAUACAAGGGCCUCCCCGCCGGCCGGCUGGCGGCACGACUUCGAACGUUACUGCACUGGCGUCCCUCCGUACUACGCCGCCCCACUCCGAGCCACCAUGCGCAGGCUCGGCGUGUCAGCCGCAGGUGCGGCGGUGCCGGACCUGAUGGACGCCAGCCUGGCAGCAGGUCCAGUGGCGUCGCAGCUUCGGCGGUGGCGGGUGAAGGCGAAAGGGGAGAUUGAAGAGCGGCUGCAGGAGAUUGCCAAGACGGCCAACCAGAUGGCUCAGUCCGCCGCUGCCCGUCCACCUCCCCUGCCCACACUCUCCUUCAAGGUGCCUCUGGCUCUACCCUCCAUCGCCCCACUCAGGGCAGGUUCAGGGGGUGGUGAGGCGCCGGGGGCAGCGCAAGGGCGACCAGCAACCAUCUUCACGAACCCGUGCGAAGUUUCUCGAGAGGAUUCUUUGCGGCAAGUGCUUCAACUGCCCCUUCGCCUCGCCGCCAUCCUCAGCAGCAGCAGCGGUCCUGCCUUCAAACCUGGAAGGCCACCUUCGGCAUAUCGACCCGCGGCAUCACAAGAUGAAGAGCUCGCAGCUGCAGCAGGAAGGGCAGGGGCGGCAAGGGCUGGGCAAGGGGGGUUGAAGGGAGAUGCAGCAGCUCCUUUGGACCCAAUCCAAGAGGAGAGAGUUUUGCAGGGAGUGGGGAAGGGACGGCCAAAAGGAGAAACAUCAGCCGUUAUUGCUACUUCCGCUGCAGAUAAGGCGCCGGCGUCGUGGUUUGCUGGUGGAUGUGAUGUUGACAGGUGGCGCGCUCUGAUUGGUGCGGUGGGGAAGUGGGCGCUUCUGGCGGAGGAGGAGGCAAAGCACACCGUCAGCAUUGAAAAGAUGGGCGACUUUAACGACGCGCUCCAGCGACAACAACCACCCCGCAGCCCCUAUAUCGACGAACAGGAUCGCAUCAAGGCGGCACGGACGGCCUUUGGCAACCCGUACCGGCAGGACAAGCCAGACAUGCCCACAGCGAACGAGGCAUUCCUUCGCCUGGACGACCAGAGCCCAGGCCCACCUAGUGGAGGCUCAACCGCCGGUGCAGGUUCAUCUGGUGCAGGUUCGCCUGGUGCAGGCUUAUCUGGCGGUGCUGCCGGUGGUACUGCUGCUGGCAGCGGUGGUGGUGGUGGGUCUGCUGCUGCUGGUGCCAGCGGUGCUUCCUCUCCCAGUGUGCUUGCCCUUGCUCGCUCCCAGAAAAGGCGCCGGCGGUCAGAAUCCCCAGCACCCCCAUCACCAUCUCCCCCAAUAUCAUCUCACCCCUCUCCUCCUCCCUCACCCUCUCCUCCCUCUCACACUCCCCCGUCCUCUCCUUCUCCCCGUCCGCCCCUGUCCUCCGCGUCAACCCGUGCGGUGCCUGUCCAAGCUUCGGCAGCAGCUCCGGCCGCACCUCAUGCCGACAGUGCCUCGAGGCCUGAUCUCUCUGCUGCUAUUGGCUCUGCCAUUUCUCCAGCCACGGCGGAAGAAGACAAACAACGCGAGCUCAGCCAUCCACUGUUCAUGCCAGAGAGCUGUUACCGGGCGGCACAAGCAAUUGAGAGGCGGCAGCAGGAGUCCAUGCAAUGGCCCAGAGAAGCAGCCGCAGGAAAGGAGCGAGGUUCAGGACAGGGGGAGGAUGUCAGAGGAGUUUCCGAGGGUAGAGAAACAGAGGUAGCAGUGGAGAUAGGAGACAGGGGCGUAGCAGGAGAGGGAAGAGGAACAGGGCAGGGUAGAGGAGCAACGGAGGGUAGAGGAGGAAUGGAGGGUAGAGGAGGAAUGGAGGGUAGAGGAGGAAUGGAGGGUAGAGGAAUGGAGGGUAGGGGAAGAGGGGCAAAGCGGCGGAGGGUGAUAGCUGAGGGGGAGUCACGGGAUUGGACAGUGGAUGUGGGGCUGGAGGAACGGGUGGAGGAGCAGGAGGAUGUUGUGGCGCUGGCAAUGCGGAGGGGCGAUCCUCGCUGGCGCACUGUGCGCACACCAGCUGGCAACGAGAGGGAUCAGGAGGAGGUGGUGGACUUUCUGCUGUCAAUCUACCGGGUGCUGCGGUCAGCACGUCCGAAUAACACGAAGCAGCUUUUUGCCCUUCUCUCGGUGCCCGACUUCCCUGUGGACAAACGCCAUUUUGUACAACAGCUUGUAGAAAAGUUCUCCUUCCUCGUCGGCGAAUAUCCGGACGAGUGCAGAUGGCGCUCGGCGGGACUAUCUGUCGAUCCUGAGUCAUUCGCCAAGACUACAGCACUCGAGGUGAUUCACGCGCGUUGGGCAAUGCUUGGCGUCGUCGCGUGCCUCGUCCCAGAGACCGCUUUCCGGAUACCUCAAGCUUCGCACCUCGCUGGCGGCAGCAACAUCGACUCCAUAAGAAGCUCGAUCCUUGGUGGCACGACAAGUUUGAUCGAGUCUUGUGACUUUUGCACCGCGAAGUCCAUCCUCGCUAUUGGCGCGGUCCAGAUCCUCGGCAUGGCUGCGGUCGAGGCGUUUCGGGUUGCAGGGGGGCCACUAGGCGACGCAAGCGGCUCUGUUUAUCCAGGAGGUUUCUUCGACCCGCUGGGCCUGGCAGACAGCAGUAAUCCAACUGAGCUGGCGAAGCUAAAGGCUAAGGAGCUUCAGAAUGGGCGUCUGGCCAUGUUCUCUAUCUUGGGAUUCGCAGCACAGGCAGCCGUGACAGGGAAAGGACCAGUUGAAAACCUGAUGGAGCACAUGGCGGAUCCCAAGGUGCACAACGCCUGGACCGAGUGUGAUUGUCUCAGUGGGCAAGGCAGCCGGGAAUGGACGCGUGUGGAGGAGGUGGAGGGGCUGUGGCUGUGCCGGGAGUUUCUUACAAAGAAGGAGCAAUCUGUUGCCAUGCGGUUUGGCAAUCUUCCCCCUAUUGCCAUGCACCUGACAAAGCUGAUCCGGACUGCUGCUUCUGAGCGAGCUCUAGUCCCCGCUGCUGCCGAUGCUGCAGCUGCUUCGAGUCAGGCAACUGUUGCUAUUAGAGGGGAUAGAGCAGUUGCUGUUAAGGGAGUGGAUGGUGCGUGCGGGGUGAUGAGCGAGGAGAGGGACGGAGGUGGGGGCAAUGGUGCUCCUGGGAGUCCCAAGAGGAGUGGAGGGGAAGGGGAUGGUAACGGGAGUGGGGAGGAAUUUGUUUUAGAUCGUAGUGAAGGACGAGAGGAGGGAGCAAGGGAUGAUGGGGAGGAGCCUUGGAGGAGUGGUUGUUGUGGGAAGAGGCGGAAGAAAAUACAGCACGAGGGAGACUCGGAGGAUGUGUCGAGAAGGGAAGAGGGGAGAGGUGUGCAGGAGCAAGGGGGGGAAGGAGUGCAGGAGGCGAAUGGGCCCGAGGAUGUGCUUUCAGCCAAGCGUGCGACUACUGAGCUCUUCCAAGUUGUCGGAGCCGGACCUGAAAACGAUGAGCGCCUACAAAAGGCUGGAACUGAUGCGAAAGUUGGAAGUGAGCUAUUGCAGGUGGUUGGACCUGAAGAUGAUGAAGCAGAGCAGCUGCGGGUGCAUCCGUUGUCUCGGCGUGUGCUGCAGCGAGAACCCCUGUUCGACCAGAUGAUUGCCAACUGGUACAGCGGAGACCAGGUGAGGCUCUGCAAUCGGCUCGACCAUGCCUCCCAUGCUCCCAUUCAUCCAUUCACCCAUUCACCUGUGCUGCAGCGAGAGCCCUUGUUCGACCAGAUGAUUGCCAAUUGGUAUAGCGGAGACCAGGGUAUCAAGCCACAUGUGGACUUGAUGCGAUUCGACGAUGGCAUUGCCAUCCUCUCCCUCCUCUCGCCCUGCGCGAAAGCGAGGGCGCUCUACCGGGAUGCUCUCAGGACAGCACGACUCGCACCGUCUGAAUCCCGAGCUGAUCUGCAGAAGAUUAUUCGAGACGAAGCAGAGAAGCAUGCAGGGGAGAGCGAUAUUAGCAAGAUUCGGUUCCACAUGAGCGAGGGCAUUCAGCGCGCCACCUCCCCACCUCGCCUCCGCGCCUCUUCGCGGGAGCGCCACCUCGCCUCCUCGCCUCCACGCCAAGUUUCCACCCCGCCAGCACGCCACCGCACCAGGGUGCCCUUCCCCACUUUUACUUUCCCACCCGUUCCUCUUCCCCCACCCCAUCACCCUACUUUCCCGCCAAUCCCUCUCUCCGCCGCCUUCGAUUUCGGCACCACAUCACGCUUCCUCCUCCCCCUCUCACUCAGCGUCACCGCAAAAACCCCUUCUCUCCUUCCCCUCCCCAGCCCUCCAUGCCUGCAGUCUCACUCUCACCUGACCCUCUCGACACCACCACACUCAUCCUCCUCUUUCAAUACCCACCACACCACUCAGCACGAGCAGCUGCAGCCCCGACCCUCGCAUCCUCGCCACCACGCCUCCUUGCCUCUAUGCCUCCUCGCCUCUCUGCCUCCUCGCCUCUCUGCCUCCUCGCCUCUCUGCCUCCUCGCCUCUCUGCCUCCUCGCCUCUCUUCCUCCUCGCCUCUCUGCCUCCUCGCCUCUCUGCCUCCUCGCCUCUCUGCCUCCUCGCCUCUCUGCCUCCUCGCCUCUCUGCCUCCUCGCCUCUCUGCCUCCUCGCCUCUCUGCCUCCUCGCCUCUCUACUCUCACUCCUCUACUCUCACCCCUCUACUCUCACCCCUCUACUCUCACCCCUCUACUCUCACCCCUCUACUCUCACGCCUCUACUCUCACGCCUCUACUCUCACGCCUCUACUCUCAUGCCUCUACUCUCACGCCUCUACUCUCACCCCUCUACUCUCACCCCUCUACUCUCACCCCUCUACUCUCACCCCUCUACUCUCACCCCUCUACUCUCACGCCUCUACUCUCACGCCUCUACUCUCACGCCUCUACUCUCACCCCUCUACUCUCACCCCUCUACUCUCACCCCUCUACUCUCACCCCUCUACUCUCGCCCCUCUACUCUCACGCCUCUACUCUCACCCCUCUACUCUCACCCCUCUACUCUCACCCCUCUACUCUCACGCCUCUACUCUCACGCCUCUACUCUCACCCCUCUACUCUCACGCCUCUACUCUCACCCCUCUACUCUCACCCCUCUACUCUCACCCCUCUACUCUCACCCCUCUACUCUCACGCCUCUACUCUCACGCCUCUACUCUCACCCCUCUACUCUCAUGCCUCUACUCUCACCCCUCUACUCUUGCCGGUCGCUCUCAUCUGUGACCUCACCUCUUCCUCAUCACUCUCCCAUCCUUACUGCAGGUGCCGCCUGUCAUCAACAACCUCACAUCGCCAUCUGGCAUGCACAUGCGGGUGGGUAUGGGUGUGCGCUCUUCCUCCCCUCUCUCCCCACUUCAUCCCCUAAUUCCUCUCUUCCACGCCUUGGCGCUCCCAAUCUGCCCUCUCACUUCUCAUUCCAUCCUCUCUCCUCCGUGCCCUCCAAUUUCCUCAAGGCAACCAUUCUCUCCUCUCUGUUCUGCCUCUUUCACCCGUGCCCUCGAUUCUCCUCAAUGGCGGCAGGCACACGGCCAAUUGCCCCACACUUUGCUGCCCCACACUUCUCUGCCCCACGCUCUGCUGCCCCACUCUCUCCUGCCCCACGCUCUGCUGCCCCACUCUCUCCUGCCCCACUAUCUGCUGCUCCACACUAUUAUGCUGCACCGUGCCCUUCUGCCAUGCACUCUGUUGCCCAACGCUCUGCUGCCCCACCCUCUGCUGCCCCACCCAUUGCCCCCACUCCAUCUUCGUUCAUCAUCGCGUGUUGA